AUGAUUUGCAAAUUGUUGCUGAAUAUAUUGCUGGUUAUAACAGUGGUUGUGAAUGAUUGGGUCAGUUGUGUAACAAUGGGUGGCUUUGAAGCGCCUAAUACUGUGAAAGCCGGCGAUAAUCUGACGCUGAACUGCACCGUUACCUUCACUCCUGAGGAGAGACUCAAUUCAGAGAUAUCUAUGACUAAAGACGGACAGGAGUUCUAUCGAUUCAACAGAAAAUCAAUGAAUGAGGAAUUAAAGUCAAUCCCCGGUAUCGACAGCAAGCAAAUGGACACACCGAUGAAUGUGCCAGGGUGGGUCAGACUCAAGAAUGCCAAUCUCCACUUCCAGGGCACCUAUGCCUGUGUUGUCAUCACUAAUAUCAAUAACAAUCUGAGCGAACAAUCUAUGAAUAAAUACGUGACUUUCGACCCAUCAAUGGGUGACUAUCCGAAGAAUGGCGCACCAAAUGAACAGGCAGAAACUCAGAAACCGUUUCACAACCAAAUCUGGCCGUUGAUUGAAGACCAUAAAGAGGUGUCAUUGCGUGUAAUACCGGCCAAAUUGAACGAAGAGGCCGUUGGUUUUGAUGGGGUUUUCUUUAAUCAUCUAAGAAGUGGUCGGAUAGCCAUGUUUGAGCCCGAUUAUCUCACUGAAUUCAUCAAGGAUGUCUACUGUCGCAAAGUAACCGAUAUAAAGUGGCAUAUGUCACCACCCAUUGAUUAUAGAGAAUCUGUUAUCCAAUGGACUGAUGAACCAGUGGUUUAUGAAUUCGAGUUCAGUGGCCGAGCUAUUUGGUGGUCAAACGACCCGAGACUGUAG